AACCAAAUCGGCCUCUUGGAAAAGCGGCACCACUGCACUACACGUGUUUGAAAAGCAGCAUUUUUCCUUUGGCUUUGCUUCGAUUAGUUUGCAUUUUGGUGUGUUCUUCAUUUUGUGAUAUUUUACGUGAAAUUAGUGGAUCAAUUUACGAUCAAACUGUGCAAGAGUGAUCUAGAUAACAAAUCCAACAAAAAUUCCAGUGAAUUUCUUGAAGUUCACAUCGUUUUUCAUGGAAUUGAGUGUAAACAAAAUACGGCGCUCCGUCGUGCAGUUGCGCGAGCAUCUGCGGUCGGCGUCGCAAACAGCUGAUGAAGACAGGGUGUUGCUAAAGUUCCUAAAGUCAAAGGACCCCAAUGAAAAAGAGGUUGAAGCACUUUUCACCUACUUGAGUGACCAUAUCAUAGAAGAAAGAUGGACCACGGCCAUAGCUACGUCUUUUGAAUAUGUCUUGUUGCUAUUAAUUACACGCAGUAUUCCAUACGAUGAGCAUGUUGACCAAAGUGACUUUGAAACCUAUCAGAAAAAAUGUAUUGCCCUGGCCAUCAUGAUGCGCUUAUCUGUUGAUGCAAAACGUUAUGCUAUCAGCUAUUUUCGUGACAAACCGGCACCGUUUCAAUGCCCUACUUUGGCCGAAGGCUCUUUGGCCAGCAAACGUUCUAAGCAUAUAACUGCUAUAACCUCCCUUGACAUCGUAAAAUGCUGUUAUCACCUAUUGUGCGCCAAUCCAGUAUUUUUCAAAGAUUUGUGGAAUUGGUCCGUAUUUCUCGAGCAAUAUGUUGAUUGUGGAAAAGAAGAUGACUUACAUCAACUCUAUUGCAACCACAUUAUUGCUGUAAUUACAAAUAUGACGGCCACGCAAUUGCAAAAUAUUAGUGCCCAAUUGCCGCCUGCGGUGUUGUUGCAAUUUGAUGAAGAGCAAAAUAUACGUCCUUCAUACAAAAACAUUUUCUCUGAAGACUUUGAAAAAGAUAAAAUAAUUACUUUGAAGAUAAAUUCAAACCUGAUCACCGAUAUUGAAGGUGUGCUGUUGCCUAUUUUUAAUAAGAAUAACUAUCAGUUUUAUGCGAAUAACGACGGAUUAUACGAUACAAUAGUUAAAGUCGAUUCUACAAAAGUAAAUUUGCGUAGCAUUGCUUUGGGCAUAGCUUCGGCAAAAGCAAUAUGCCUUUCAGGACCAGUUGGCUGCGGUAAAACUACAUUGGUGGAAUUUUUGGCGCGUAAGACAGGCCGUAUUCAACCAAAGCCUAGUGAAGUAGAGCAAAGAAGCCAAGAAAAUCACGUUUUAAACGGCAAAGAUGUUGUAAAUGGAAACGAUAAAUUAUCAACUGGAAGCAAAAGAAAACAUGGCCCGGAUAUUUUUAAUAAAUUUGGUGAAACUAUAGAUUCAGAUGGUGUCAGCUGUAAUGGUUUCUUGCGUAUUCAACUAGGCGAUCAAACUGAUAGCAAAAUGCUUUUGGGGCAAUAUCGCUGUACGGAUGUUCCUGGCGAAUUCAUUUGGCUGCCAGGUGUGCUGACGCAGGCUGUCAUGAAUGGCUAUUGGCUUCUUUUGGAAGAUUUGGAUUCGGCCACACAAGAUACCUAUACAAUCUUGAGUAGCCUGCUGGAAAACAACUACUUGAGUGUGCCAGGAUUUCGCGAUUGUGUAAAAAUUGAGCCUGGGUUCCAGCUAUUUGUAACUGUACGCACCAACAAAUCGUCAACGGGCACCGCCCAGAAAUCACUAUAUACACUGCUUGAAAAAUACUUAUAUACAGUUAAUAUUUUGCCACUUUCACGCAAUGAGCUCUGCAAGGUGGUUAGCACGAAUUACCCCAAAUUAGCCACGGUUGCUAAUCGUAUAGUGGAUGUAUUUCUUACAUUCUCCAGCGGAGAUCACACUGCGGCUGAUAAUUUGCGUCAACAAGAGUUUGCUGACAAGGCCGAUACCACUGAAAAAUAUAUCGCAUUGCCAUUUGAAAAGAUUUCACUCUCAUCGAUCCCGAACUCCGGCCGAUUAGUUUCUACACGCGAUCUUAUAAAACUUUGUCAGCGUUCCAAUCCAGCUUUUAGCGUAACUAGCUCCGAAUGCGCAUACUUUGUCUUUCAAAAUGCUGUUGAUGUUUUUUGCUCGUAUCUACCGCAAGGCAAAGAUAAAACCAAACUCAUUAUAAGCAUCGGUGCGAAAUUAGGAAUCAUUCAAUCGCGUUGCGAAUACUUUGCAAACGAGUAUAAACCUGACGUGUUAGUUAACAAAAACGGCAUAAAAGUUGGUCGCACCGAAUUAUUUGCUAAAUCACUGGUAGAUGAAUUCAGCAUUGAAUUGGAUAAUGUGGAAGAGGAUGCUGAGAGCGAAGGACCACAGGCUGUUAAGCGACCAAAACUAAACGAUAAUCUUAAUAGGCUUGAUAGUGAAAUUGCAGCGUUAAAACGCGCGCUGAAUGUUUCAACGCAUGCAACUUUUUCUUUUACGAGAAUGGCAUCUUGUAUUCUAGAGCGCAUAGCCGUGUGCGUGUCGCACGCUGAACCAGUGCUGCUUGUUGGUGAAACUGGGGUCGGCAAAACCUCAUCGGUACAGUAUUUGGCCGACAGAACAUGCCACAAAAUGGUUGUUGUCAAUAUGAACAAUCAGUCAGACGUUUCAGAUCUCAUUGGUGGAUUUAAACCAGUCGAUUUGACAUAUGUACUGAUCCCACUGCGGCUAGAGUUCGACACACUCUUCCACGGCACCUUUAAUGCUGCGAAAAAUCAGACAUUCCUGCACAAAAUGGAAAUUUGCUAUAAUCAAGGCAACUUCUCGGUUAUUGUUAAACUGAUGGUUAGUGUGAUCAACUCAGUUUUCAGCAAGGCAGAACGAAAUGAGUUGAAGGAAAAGGAAAUGGCCUUAUUACCACGUUGGCAGGCGCUAAAAGUUUGCGUGCUCAAGUUGAACACCCAAUUGAGCAAGUCAAUCAACAUUUCAUUUGCUUUCAUACCAGGUUCACUAGUAAACUGCAUUAAAAAUGGCGACUGGAUAUUGUUGGACGAAAUUAAUUUGGCUUCAGCGGAGAUGCUCGAAUGCUUGUCGACAAUUUUGGAGCCCGAUGGAUCGGUGGUGUUACUUGAAAGAGGCGAUUUUACACCGGUUAAGCGCCACCCUGACUUUCGUAUAUUCGCUUGUAUGAAUCCCAAUACAGAUAUAGGUAAGAAGGAUCUGCCGGUUGGCAUACGCAAUCGCUUCACAGAAUUCUUCGUUGAUGAGCUAACCACUGACAAUGAUCUAACGGUGCUUAUAAGUGAUUACCUGAAAACCACGGGCAUACAGCGGAAGAGUGUCACAAACUUGGUGCAAUUGUACAAAAAGCUUAAGCUAUUGUCCAAGUUAGAACUGAAUGAUGGUCUCGGCAAUCGUCCGGUAUUUUCAUUGCGUACUUUGUGUCGUUCGCUGCGCGUCUGUGCCAAGAAUUUGUGCGGUUCAGUGGAACGCAAUCUCUACGAGAGCUUUUGCAUGAGCUUCCUUACGCAACUAGAUCCCGCUUCACACAACGUGGUCUUACAUCUCAUACAGCAAGCGCUUUUAAGCAACGUCAAAGCUGUGCUUAACCAAAGCAUACCCAAACCAGGUGAAAAUUACUUAAAUUUCGAAGGCUACUGGAUACAACAAGGCCCCAAAGAACCCGAGGAGUAUGCCAGUUACAUUUUGACUAAAAGCGUAAAAGAAAACCUACGUGACUUGGCGCGCAUCAUCUCGAUUGGCAAGCUGCCGGUGUUGUUGCAGGGUCCCACAAGCGCUGGCAAGACAAGUUUGAUUGACUAUGUAGCGCGAUGCAGCGGCAACCAUUGCCUACGCAUUAACAACCACGAACACACGGAUCUGCAAGAAUAUAUUGGCACUUAUGUAGCCGAUGUAACUGGUAAGUUGAGCUUUAAGGAAGGCGUCUUGGUGCAGGCUAUGCGCAACGGUUACUGGAUUAUAUUGGACGAAUUGAACUUGGCAUCCACCGACAUCUUGGAGGCUUUGAAUCGCGUCCUCGACGACAAUCGUGAACUCUUCAUACCUGAAACGCAGACCCUGGUAAAGGCGCAUCCAAAUUUCAUGCUAUUUGCCACCCAAAAUCCGCCUGGUUUGUAUGGUGGCCGAAAAACACUGUCGCGCGCAUUCAAGAAUCGCUUCAUCGAAUUGCAUUUCUCAGAAAUACCACGCGACGAGCUGGAAAUUAUUUUGGAAAAACGUUGCCUAAUACCAACAACAUAUGCCAAAAAGAUGGUGAUGUGCAUGUCCGACCUGCAGAAGAAUCGUAAGACCACCACUAAAAAUGUAUUCACCUUGCGCGAUCUAUUCCGCUGGGGUAAUCGUUACACUUACGCGGACAAGCGACUGUUAGAGGACUCAAAGUACGAUUGGAAUCAACACCUUAUCGAAGAGGGUUACUUGGUUUUGUCCGCAAAAGUACGUACAGACAUUGAAAUCGAAAUUAUCGAGGAGACCUUGUACAAGAACUUUCGCAAACGCGUUGAUCUAUCGACACUUUUCAAUGCCCAGGCUAGCGAGGAAGCGUGCUCGGCGGUGACGCGCAACAUUAUUGCUGCCAUCAAAACGUACAAGCUGCGCGCCGACAUUGUUUGGACACGCAAUAUGACGCGCAUGGCUGUGCUGACCGCCAAAGCCUUGGAAUUCGAUGAACCUGUUUUGCUUGUCGGUCCCACUGGCUGCGGAAAGACCACUGUUUGCCAGCUGCUAGCCAGCAUACGUGGCGUGCAACUGCGCAUACUCAAUUGUCAUAUGCACACAGAAGGCGCAGAUUUCUUAGGCGGCUUAAGGCCCUGUCGCGAUGCGAGCGCUGAUGAAAACACUGCAAAAAAAUUAUUCGAGUGGGCUGAUGGACCGCUUAUACUUGCUAUGCAGGAAGGCUCCUACUUCAUGGCUGAUGAAAUCUCUUUGGCUGAGGACUCAGUGCUAGAGCGGCUGAAUUGUGUUUUAGAACCGGAGCGCACUGUGUUGUUAGCAGAGAAGGGAGGCGUCAGUGACGCCGACAACGCAGCGGAUAUCGCCAAGGAUUUUGUUGUGCAAGCGAAGGAAGGCUUCCAGUUUCUGGCCACUAUGAAUCCAGGUGGUGAUUUCGGUAAGAAGGAGCUUUCGCCAGCGCUGCGCAACCGUUUUACUGAAAUCUGGUGUCUACCAUCUGAUACGAAAGAAGAUUUAGUACAAAUUGCCAGCAACUGUAUGCUGGAAAACUUGCAAGCAUCAGCAAGUGCAAGCAGAGAAGACAUAACGAAAAUCGCCAGUUAUCUCGUGGAAGUGGUGCUGCACAUGCAAGAUCUGGUGGAGAAGUUCAAAUAUUCUAUACGUGAUAUACUGGCGUGGGCCAACUACAUUGUCAGCAAUGCAAGCUUGACAUUUCCGGAGCGCGCAAUAUUCGGUUUAGAGACAAUAUUCUUGGAUGCCUUGGAAAUGUUGCCCCAUGAGACUUUGGAAAAGGUUGAGGUGCUUAAGAAGCAGAUAAUCAAAUUUGCCAUCGAAAAAGCUGCUAGUAUUCUGAGCGAAAAGUUCACCUUCGCGGAUUUGGAAGAAAAGCGUGGCAAGGAUGUGAUACACACCGCUGAAAAAUUCGGCAUCAUGCCCUUUUUUAUACCAACCAACAGCAAUUCCAGCGCUGCCGUAAGCAAAAGUUUCUUAUUCGAAGCGCCAACAACUAAACAAAAUCUAUUUCGUCUGCUGUCCGCGCUCUCACUGCGCAAACCCAUACUCCUCGAAGGCCCACCGGGUGUCGGUAAAACAUCCACCGUCGAGAGCAUUGCCGCUGCUAUUGGCUAUCGCAUCGUGCGCAUAAAUCUCUGCGAGCACACCGAUCUGGCUGAUCUCUUUGGCACCGAUCUGCCGGCUGAAGAUAACAUUUUAGACACUGCUGCUGAAAAGGUCACAAGCGAGCAGGCAGGAUUUAUCGGCUCCUUUGUGUGGCGUGAUGGCCCAUUAUUGGCCGCACUAAAAGCGGACGACACCUGGAUAUUGUUGGAUGAGCUGAACUUGGCACCACAGUCAGUGCUGGAGGGCCUCAACGCUAUACUCGAUCAUCGUGGCGAGGUUUACAUACCUGAAUUGAAUAAGACAUUCACCCUGAGCAAGGAGACGCGCGUUUUUGCCUGCCAGAAUCCGCUUAAACAAGGCGGCGGCCGCAAGGGCUUACCGCAAUCAUUCUUGAAUCGUUUUAACAAGGUCUAUCUGCGCAAAUUGACCACACAGGACUUGCUGUUUGUUGUAAACGGCAAAUACGAAUCGCAUUUCAGAGAAAUGUGCGCCCAGUUUGCCAAAUUGCUUACCAACUGUAGCAUCGAGACAGGUACAAAUCUAUUCGAAUUUUACAAGAAAUCGUCUAGAGAACCGGCAAGCAUCGAGUUUACCAACAAUGAAGCAAGCGUUGUGCCCGCAAUUGUACUAGAUGUAUCCAAGCGACUGGUACAGUUCUCCGAAAUACUGGACAACGGCAUAGCGGCACUGGAGUUCGGCUAUAGGGGUGGACCGUACGAAAUAAACUUGCGUGACAUCUUACGCUGGUGUGACUUGCUAGUAAAUCCCGAAACUGGUUUCAUUUUCCAAACCGAUAAUUGCUCAGCAGCCACAACCCGUUUGGGGUUGUUUCGUAGAAAUUUCGAAAUCUUUUUGCUCACCCUUUUUGAGCGCAUGAAAUUGGUUUACUAUCAGCGCAUGCGCUGUGAAGAAGAUAAACGUUUCAUACGCAAUGCAUUCUCCAAGGUAUUUGACUGUGAUGCGGAUCAGUUGAACGCCAUCUCCGAAGAUGUGUCACUCUAUUGGACUGCUGAUAAAAUUUAUUUGAACGAUAUUGUGCUGGAACGCGAUGGACAUGCGCAAGCACUGCGACCACUUCGAAGCAAGGAUCUGUGCCCGAUUUUGCUGGCUUCGCAGCGUGAGAUGCUGAAGAAUGUCGUGGAGUGCAUGCGUAUGGAGAAGCCGGUGCUGCUCUGCGGGCCAACCGAUACGGGCAAGACUAAGCUGAUUGACCUUUUGUGCACGUUAUCGAAUCAAGUUUGCAAUACGGACACCAUCGAUGACUCUGUGACAGGCAGUUUUCAGCAGAUCGAUCUAAACCGGCACUUAGAAGAAACAUCGCAAAACAUUGAAUCCGUGCUCGCUGCCCACCUACGUUUCAUGCUACUGGAAGAGAAAUCAAAAGCUUAUAAAAGUGUGGCCGAGCUGCUGCAGAUUUGGGGCGAUUACUGCAGGGAAUCCAAUGUGAAACUCGCUACUACCAAUGCCACAUCCAUGUCGGACGAGCUGAUGAGUUUCCGCAAGCGUAUACAACGUUUAGGUGUCGUAAUCGACAAACUAUUGCAAUCCACAAGCGAUCAGUCCGCAACUUCAUACUCCAAAGACACUUUAGUCCAACAACAAAGUCGGCUUAAUACGCUGGAAAAUCACGUACGCAAUGCUGAUUCGCUAAAUACUGGCGGCUCUUUCGAGUGGGUCGAUUCCAAAAUUGUUAAAUCACUCAAAUUCGGACAAUACAUUCUCUUGGAGCAUGUGAACUUGUGCUCUUCAGCCGUUUUGGAUCGUCUAAAUCCCGUUUUCGAACCUAAUGGCAAUCUGCUAAUAUCAGAGAAAGGUGUAUCGGCAAAUGAGAGCGCGGAAAUUGUCGAAAAGGCGCCAAACUUCCGCGCUUUUCUAACCAUCGACCCCAAAAAUGGCGAACUGUCGCGUGCCAUGCGCAACCGUUGUGUGGAGUUGGCAAUCGCCAAAGACACCUACUGCGUCGAUGACAUGCGUCUCAUUGUCUACUUGAAUGGUGUGCGUGGCAUGCGUGCGAUUAAUAGUAUCCUAAACGUACACACGCGCUUUUUGCAUUCGACGGAAAUCAACAGCUUCAACAUCUCACAUCUGACACAAUUCGCCUUUCUGACUGCAUCAUAUGCGCGCAUCGGCUACGAUACGGAACGCGCCAUCUAUGUAAGCGGCAUGGAAGUGUAUGUAUACGCUGCAAUCACUGACCUAAUGGGCUUCGGACUGGCUUAUUACCAGAAUCAGUUGCGUGAAAUUGUCUUGGAUGAAUGCCGAAAAUUCCGUGCAGGCGCAUCGCCACAGCAUGAAGAUGAUAAUCGUUUGGCCCCUAUUUUGCUGCACAGCGAUGAGCUAGAUGCGCUCUCGUUAAUCAAAUUACAAGCUGAGCCACUCAGCAGCCUGCUUUGUUUUGGCGAACGCGCGCAAUCCGCACUAACAGAAGUCUUUGCCGAUUUUGCGAGCGUAGACUUUUCGAGAGUAGACACACAAGAAAUUAUAAAAUAUUGCAUUUAUAUGCUGUACGAAUCAAGCACGAUUGGCGACGCUGAAUUGCGUUAUCUCUACAUAGACAAGCUGCUGAGUUCGGCGCCAUCACUGCGACAGUUGUCAAAGUCCCUCUUUGCCUGUAUUAAACACAUCAGCGCGCAAUUCGACUCGUCAAUGCAUCCACUACCAUGGAAUAAUAAGCUAUUUUCGCGCAUACGCGCCUAUGCUACGCAACCGGCAGAUGCAAAAAAUCACAAGAGCUUUUGCCUGAGCGCACAACUCGUCGCGCACUUGUUGCUGCAGCCCAUGCCGGAGCGUAUGGUAAGCAACAUCAAUGACAUGGACGCGUUCACCUACUCACUGACCGUGGCAGCAAAUAAAGCGCUAGAUCGUUACGACAACGUGCUGCUGCAGAAUCUCUCUACGCUCCUUGCGCGCAUGCGUGAAGUGCUGAGCGCGACACUGGAUUACGCGCACAUUGACGUGCACACAUUUUCGGCUAUAAUUACGGCUUAUUUGUGGCCAAAUCGCUUAUUGGCCAUGUCUCAGCAAAAGUUGGUGGUGAACAAAGUGCUGAAUAGGAAUCUAAUGGAUAAGCUAGUUCUGCAUUUCAAAUGGCUAGAGAAAAAUUUGCUUCAGUUACUGACUACAAUGCUGCCUAAUUAUUGCCAAUUGAAUGCUGAGUUCAACAACAGUCUGCAGAAAAUCAACAAUUAUGUGCUGAGCAUAAAACUGCCGCUCAAUUUGAUGCGCAAAGUCUACAAUAAAAAUCUAAUACAUUUCGCGCCUUUCUAUCAGGAGGAACAGAUUCAGUUUUACAAAUUGGUGCGGCAGCUGGAUCAGCUACUCACUGUAGUGCCAUCUUACGGUAGUAAUGCGCCGGAAAUCGUACUAAAGAAAUUCUUUGCGCAGAAAUCCGAUAAUGCUAAACGCGCUCGCGCCAUUGUCAAUACUUAUAUAGAACAGCGCAUCAACACCGAUGUCAAGCAAAUCCAAAUAGAGCAAACACAAAACGCUAAAAUCCCGGAAACGCUUCAUACGGCAUUAUUGGAGUUUUCAAAUAAUGCUUUGGAAAAUGUAAAUUGGUCGCUUGAGGAUUUAGUCACUCUGCAAACUGAAGUGGAAGCUUUGCAAAAAGUCGUGAAUUCGAGGGAAGACUUGGCUACAGAGUUACAGCCAAAGGAGUACGAAAUUCGCUUACUAUCACUGCGUGAAUUCUACCUAGCGAAGGCGCUAAGCGUUUUGGGCACUAGCAGCGCGCCUGAGGUUGGGCACAUAAACGAAUUUUACUGCGAGGAAAUAUGCUCGCUAAGCAGCGACACUUGGCAGCUGGUUAAAGUAUACAAUUCGAGCGCGU